CAUCUUCCACUUGAACUUGACAACCAGUCCAACUAUAUAGAGUGCAUAUAUAAUCCAACACACUUGUCUUGUCUGACGAUCAUCAUUGUUGUCCUAACCUCCUCCCCCCCCCCCCCCCCCCUCUCUAUUCUCUUCAUACUAGUGUUAUGCAGUUUUCAUGUACCUCGACUAAAUCUUGAGAUACCCCUCACUCUAUUUUUUUGAUAAACGUGUUGUUCAGGUUAGCUUUCGUGCAGCUGGAAUACCUCACUUCAGUUCUUGAACCUUGAAGAGUUCCUAAAACCCCACCAGAACACCUUUCUUCUCUUCUUGUUCAUCACCACCAUGCAAGCCAAACUGCUUUCUCCACCUAUAUACCCCACCCCCUCCACCACCACCACCCCAAAACUCUCAUCUUUCAACACCCUUUUCUCUAAACGUACACCACACUUGACCAUCCAAGCAACCACCUCUUCAACUGAAAAGCUCAACAAAUACAGUAGCCGUAUUACUGAACCAAAGUCACAAGGUGGUUCACAAGCAAUACUAUACGGUUUAGGUUUUUUUGAUGAUGAUAUGAGCAAACCUCAGAUAGGUAUUUCAUCUGUUUGGUAUGAAGGAAACACAUGUAACAUGCAUUUGUUGAAACUUGCUGAAGCUGUUAAAGAAGGGGUUCAAGAAUCUGGAAUGGUGGGGUUCAGGUUUAAUACUGUUGGUGUUAGUGAUGCUAUUUCUAUGGGAACUAGAGGCAUGUGCUAUAGUUUGCAGUCAAGAGAUUUGAUUGCUGAUAGUAUUGAAACUGUCAUGUCUGCUCAAUGGUAUGAUGGCAAUAUUUCUAUCCCUGGAUGUGACAAAAAUAUGCCAGGCACAAUUAUGUCAAUGGGAAGAUUAAACAGGCCAAGUAUCAUGAUAUAUGGUGGAACUAUUAAGCCUGGUCAUUUUCAAGGGCACACAUUCGACAUUGUAUCGGCCUUCCAGGUAUAUGGAGAGUAUGUUAGUGGUGGUGUCACUGAUGAACAAAGGAUGAAUGUAGUUCGUAAUUCAUGUCCUGGUGCGGGGGCUUGUGGUGGAAUGUAUACCGCAAACACCAUGGCAUCUGCUAUCGAGACAUUGGGCAUGUCACUGCCUUAUAGCUCUUCCACACCAGCUGAAGACCCAUUGAAGUUGGAUGAGUGCCGCCUAGCAGGAAAAUAUCUUUUGGAAUUGUUGAAGAUGGACUUGAAACCUCGAGAUAUCAUCACAAAAAAGUCACUUCAAAAUGCAAUGGUGAUGGUCAUGGCACUUGGUGGAUCUACAAAUGCUGUACUACAUUUAAUUGCUAUCGCAAGAUCUGUUGGCUUGGAAUUAACUCUAGACGAUUUCCAGAAGGUUAGCGAUGAGGUUCCAUUCCUUGCAGAUCUAAAGCCUAGUGGAAAAUAUGUCAUGGAGGAUGUGCACAAGAUUGGAGGCACACCUGCAGUUAUCCGUUACCUAUUGGAGCUUGGAUAUUUGGAUGGGAACUGUAUGACUGUCACGGGAAAGACUCUGUCUGAAAAUGCAACGCUGUUUCCUUCUUUAGCCGAAGGUCAGCAAAUUAUACGAUCACCGUCCAACCCCAUCAAAGAAACAGGCCACAUUCAGAUAUUAUAUGGAAAUCUUGCACCAGAGGGCAGCGUGGCGAAGAUCACUGGAAAAGAAGGGUUGUACUUUUCUGGUCCAGCCCUAGUGUUUGAUGGAGAGGAAGCUAUGAUUGCCGCUAUCUCAGAAGACCCUUUGAGUUUUAAGGGAAAAGUCGUAGUCAUUAGAGGAGAGGGGCCUAAGGGAGGACCAGGAAUGCCCGAAAUGCUAACACCCACGAGCGCAAUUAUGGGUGCAGGACUUGGAAAGGAUGUUGCAUUACUUACUGAUGGAAGAUUUUCUGGAGCUUCUCACGGAUAUGUCGUUGGACAUAUAUGUCCUGAGGCACAGGAAGGAGGUCCAAUCGGUCUAGUUCAAAGCGGAGACAUCAUAACCAUCGACAUUCAGAAGAAGCAAAUGGACGUUCAGUUAUCAGAAGAGGAGUUAGAGCAACGCAGAAAGAACUGGAACCCCCCUGCAUAUAAAGCUGAUCGCGGGGUUCUCUACAAGUAUAUAAAAAAUGUGCAAUCAGCUUCCAAGGGAUGUGUUACCGAUGAAUAGACGAUAGAAAGCAACUUUUACGAAAGCAUAGAGUGAACCUGGGAAAAUCGCGAUUUGCAAACAUUGCAUGAAGCUGCAAUGGGGACAUUUUCGCGCCCCUUAGCGUAUAUCCUAUUUAUGUUUUUCCAGUGUAACUCAUAUAAAUUGGUUCUUAUAAGUUAGAACGUAGAAAUAACAUUUACUGAUCACUUCUUGGCCAGCUGCUAUCAUGGGAUGAGACACCAUGACAAUGUUGUAUUUUCACCCAUAAAAUUUGAAAUUCUAUGCUUAUAUAAUUUCAAUUAUAGGGGUUGAAAAAUGGUUAUAUGUGAAUUAUCACAAAUUUUAGGAGAAUACUAAAGUUUAUGCAACUUU